AUGGGGCACUCGACAUCGAGUGAAUCCACAGCUAGUUCGGAAUCGCCCUCACCAAGCAGCUUGCUAUGGGUGAAAGUCCGAACAGGUAGCAAGCUUCAGACCCCUACAGCCCUAAAUGGUGAUAACAUCAUCAAAAUCUGCCGCUGGCUUCAAGGGAAGCCCCAUAGCUGGCGAAUGUAUGUCACCAUUUCAGUGGGCCGAGGACAAGGUCAGACAGAGAUUGUGCAGGUGAAGAACCAAGGGGAUUCGGAGGUUUCUUUCAGUCACACACCCAUCCCCUUCACUCUGGAAGACAUUGUCGCGCAUGAGCAUACCACUGGACUUGGACCACGUGCGACUUCCUUAGCGUCAAUGUCUUUAGCUUCCACUUUGUUGGAUCGAAGGAUCCCGGAAAUGACCAUUAAGGUGUUCCGGGUCCGACGUUUAUGUCAAGAUGCCUUGGUGGGUAUGGCUCGCUUACCCAUCAGCACCACAGAGCUAGCUGGCACCUCGAGGGAUCACAGCAUUUAUUUGGGGAAUGGUUGUGGCAUGAUCACUGUGCGCUGCAGUUUCAACUGCUCUGUGGCAGAUUUGCCGAAUCUUCAAAGUGUAUUGGCUUAUCCAAAGCGCCACUCCUUGGCCAAGUUUGCUCAAGCUUUGGCUCAGCUGCUGCAAGGGGAGGAUGGAUUGGAGCUCUUAAGGCGUGCAUUGCCUCCAGCUAUUCAUGUGAGAGCAGAGAAUUCAAAGGAGGGCACUGCGGUGAUGCAGAGCUUUUUGGUGUCUUUAUGCAAUCAGGUCAGCAUGCUAUCGGAGGAUGAGAGUGAUGCGGAAGUCAUGCAGCGCUUGGCCCCAUUGUCAAGGAGCAUACAGGAUUUCAUUGCUCAGCAGCUCCGUUUGUACACAAGCUCAGAAUCUGAUGUGGCAAACCUGGCAGAGAGGAACCACUAUAUGAUCAAGGAGUUUCUGAGGAAGGGAGAGCAAUAUCCUGGUUUGGACCACUUGGUGCCAAUUGAUCGGGAUGGCCACCAAAUCCCGGAUUGGGUGAACUCACCAUUGCCAGUGAGACGAGAUUAUGUCCCCCAUGAGGCAAUUCUUGGGAAAGGGAUGUUCGGCACGGUUUGGCGAGCCAUGGACUCCAGAUCGGGCCAUUGGUAUGCCGUGAAGAAGAGUCACACUUAUCGGCAGGCCACAGUGGCCAGAGAACGAGAAGUCACGAACCAUGUCUUGAUGAAUCCGCAUCCCUUCAUUGUGCAGAUCUUUGGCAACCACUUUAUUGAGAGCGGCACAGGGUUUUCCUCUUUGGUCAUGGAGUUUUGUGCAGGGGGUGAUCUUCAGGACAAAGUAAAUGCAGGUCAUCUACUCGGUGAGUAUCAUAUGCCGAAAGAGGCAUUGACUUGGCUGGCCGAAAUCUUCCUUGGUUUAGACCCUCAGCUUCACAAGGGAAUGCUUUGCACCUGCCCAACUGCAGUGGGGCAGAUGUUGCCCAACUUGAGAGUCACUAAGGAGCACUUGCAUUUAGUCCUGGGCACCCUACAACGAGACUUGAAGCCCAGAAACGUGGUCUUCUCUCAGCAUGGCAGAGCCAAGCUCACUGACUUUGGAAUGGGACGAAUAGGUUUGGUCUCAACGGGAGAGUUCACUCUGCAGAAUUGCCCACCUGGAAGCCCGGCCUACGUAGCUCCUGAAGUGGUGCUGCAGAAGCCCUAUGAACUCUGCUCGGCCUUUGCCCAGCGACGAGGCAAAAUCCGGGCGACCCGAUUCAUGUCAGCAUUGAACUUGCCCCCGGCAGAAGCCCGGCGGUCUCAGAUUGAAGAGUGGCUGCGCUCCCAAGCAGCCAAUUCGCGCAAUUCGUAG